AUGCAGCCCUGGGUAGUUUUCUGUAUUAUUAUUAUCAUUGCAACUUGUGGCAGUGGAGAAAACAGUUGUUAUGAAGGAGACUUGAGAGUUGAUCCAGGCAAUGGGCCUAUACUGCAAUUCUGCAGCGGAGGGAUUUGGGGGUACAUGUGUGCCAGUAAUAAUGUCAAACAGAAUAAGAUUAAUGCAGAUGUUGCUUGUCAACAGUUGGGAAAGAAGCUAUCAAAAGGAGAUAUCACUAAUGUCACCAGUAAUACUCGACUUUCGCCUAUUUAUUACUAUAACUUUUUUGCAUGCACUGGAUAUGAAACAAAACUGAAAGAAUGUCGUACUCCUGUUAUAUACAAUACAUUUAAUGGGAGAUGCAGGAAUGAUCUUUAUGCUGCUGCCGUAUGCGAACCAGCAGAGUGCAGGAAUGGAGAUUUAACUGUGAACAAGUCAAGGAACCAGUUUCCACUUCAGUUCUGUGCUAGAGGAAAAUGGACUUUGCUCUGUGGGUUUGGGCAUACUUGGACUAGAGCACAAGCAAAAGUAGCUUGCAAGCAAUUGGGACUAAACCCAAUAGGUGCUGAGCCUGGAGUAGUAAGUCUUUAUAGCAGGACUGUUGGUGUAUUUAAUGGUCGGUUUCACUGUAGAGGAAAUGAGAGCUCACUUUUAGCCUGUUCCUAUAGCCUAAUGGUCAGCCCUCCCUGUACAACAGCUAAUCCCAUAGCUGGAGUAGAGUGUGGCGAAUGGCCUAAAAGUGUUGAAAGAAUUCGGACGAAAUGGUCAAGCUCUAUACUUCACAUAAAGUGGGAACAUGAUGCCACGAAUUACUAUGAGACAACAGAUAAAGAUGAAGAUGAUGCUAUCUGGUAUACUGUUUACUGUAGAUCUGAUAGUGAGAUAGAAGAGGCUUGGAUACAAGUCACAACCACCAGUGCAAUGGUAACUGGUCUAUCUCCUCUCACUAACUACACUUGCUGUGUUGAGUUAACUGAAGUACCAUAUAUAAGAGAAACAUGUUUGACUAUUACUACAGGUCCUCCUAAUAUUUCAUCACAGCCAAACGUGACUGCUACACCUGGUGCUUAUGGCUCCAGCUCAGGUGAUGCCGCUGUUUCAGUAAAUGAUACAUAA